CAUACGUUUGCCUCAUUCCUACUACCACUGCCCCCCCUCUCUCCCAUAUGUACACAUGUAUAUGUGUAUGAAAAUGUCUCUAUUGAGUGUCUUCGUUGCAUGUGUUCGUAUGUACAUGUGUAUGUACAUACGUAUGCGCGAGGACUUGGUCGUUUCGCUUCUCUUCUUUUCUCUUCUCUACGUCUCACACACUCAGACCCUUCACAGUCGUGUUGAGUUCGUCGAACAUAGCGCAAGUGCUCGGAAAAGCAAAACAAAAUCAAAAUCUCUGACUUUGUCGCGUGUGUUGUCGUGUGUGCUUUAAUUAAUAAAAAUAAAUAAAUAAUUUGUCUGCCAAGAAGGGUAUUUACAUACCAACGUCGCUUCAAUAAACUAUUUGCUGCAAGAAAAGAAUAAUUAAUAAAGAAAAGAAAGAUGCCAAACCAAACUGACAAUAAACCAACUAUAGCUACUCCCAAAAACAAUAACCCAAAUUCUGAAGUCCUACAAGAAAUUCAAGAACAAGCCAAGAAGUUCCUGGCCAAAUUAGAACUAAAAGAAAUUAACACUAAUACAGACAAGGCUAACAGUGACACGGAGGAAGCCAAACCAAUUAAAAUAAAGACGCCAAAUCAAAUUGACAAUAAAUCAACCAUUAUUCAAAUUACGCCCAAAAACAAUAACCCAAAUUCUGAAAACUCUAAUAGUGACAUGGAGGAAGUCAAAGCUGGUAUUACUAAAAAACGUAGCAUCGAGAGAGCCCCUACUCUUAGAAAGAAACUCAUCGUUCCGAAUAUUCAUCCAAAGAACCCUAAAAAGCAACAAAGACCAACCAAAGAGAAUAGUCCCAAAGAAAAAAUUGUUGACAUUGAGAACAUCAGCGAGGGAGAUGAUGACUGCGGUACUGAAAUCAAAGUCCCCGUCGUUCUGGUGCCCCAAAGCGGCGUGAGCAAUGAAGGUGUCGGAGGUUGCGGGAUCAAGGAGGAGGUCAAGGUUGGGAUGGCCAAAAGGCUUGGAGUUAGGGGAAUCUCUUUACUUGGAAAGAGAUCCGUCUCUCCCAUCCCACACCCAAAACCCACAAAAAUCCCAAGAAUCCCCAAGGGGCAGCAGGAAUCAAUAAAAAAGAAUGAUCCUGAAGGACAUGACAUUGACAUCGAGAGCAUCAGCGAGGGGGAGGUUGACUGCGGUGAUGAACUGAGGUCUAAAUGGACAAUGGUACAUAAAGCUCCCGCCACUUUGGGACUCCAAACAGAAACAGACAACGGAAACGACGAGGAAAAUGAAAACAAACUACUAAAAAUAAUCAUCCCCUAUAUCGCCAACGCGGAUUCCCUUUUAAACAAGGCAGCGCAGCAGUUUGGAAAUGGGUUUCAAGUCAGAGCAAACACGGGGACUUGGACUUGAGAUCCAAGCCUCAGACUCUGGCACCCAUGUUGGACUCCAGAAGCUUUGUUUCGAUGAAAAACUAAAAUACAAAAUACCAAACAGCAGUGACCUGCAAAGGUAUAGAAUAAUCAUAAAGGGACUCCACGCUGCAACUGAUAUCAAUUGGAUUUCGGAACAACUAAAAAAUGAAUGGACAUACACCCUGCCACAUAACAAAUAUAAAGGGAGGUUUCUCAGGUCAACCAACAAACGCCUUUAAAGCAGACCUAGUAAACCAGACUAACAACAAAAACGUACUAAAUAUCAAAACCCUUGGUCCUUACAAAGUCACAGUCGAGCUCCCAAACACCAAAAGAAGAGCCUACCAAUGCCACAAGUGCCAAAGCUUCGAACAUGUAAUGAAGGAUUGCCAGGCAAGGGAGUUUACCUGCUUUAAAUGUGCUGGUAAGCACCCCUCACACGCAUGCUCAAAGCCCCGGGAUAUAGACGGCCUGUGUGCAAAUUGCGGAGGAAAUCACGUGGCAACCUACCGCGGUUGCCAUUUCUACAAAUUAGCAUCCCGAAGGCAGAUGGCCAACAAACAAAAGGAUGCUCUGACAGAAAUUAAAUCCUUGAACACCAAACUUAAUUGAUUUGACUUAGUUUGAGUUACCCA